AUGGGGAAGAGGAGGAUGGGAGACCCUGUCCGGGGAGGUAUUCUCCACCUGCAGGUCUCCCUGACAAGUGUUUCCGCUGCCUUCUGCUCCCAGGACUAUUUGGGAGACUCCGGCUCUGACCACAGCUGCCUCCUGCUGGCCAAGAUCCAGGAGGUGAAUCAGUGCCUGGAGAAACUCCUUGCUGGGCCCAGAAAGGGCAGCGCCCCCCCAUGCUCCCACCAGGACCAGGCCAGGGACCCCCCCAUCCCGCUGCGGAAGAGGCUGGAGUUUCAGCAGCAAACGCUGUCGGUGCUGCGAGAGCAGAACCGCUUGCUUCUCGAGGUGAGGAGGCUGCAGGGGGCAGAGGACACCGAAGCGGCCGACCAGGUUGCUGCCAUGGGCCCGUCCGUGGCCAACUCCGUUGUGGAGCUGGGCCCAGGAUGGCCCAUGGGGCCGCUGUGGCCGACCCAAGAUGGCUGCCAGGCCCCAUUGCCUGCUGGGCCAGGAUGGCCGACCGCUGCCAACUACGUGGUGCCCCCGUGGGCAUUAGGCGCUGCGCGAGGCCUCUGUUUACAAUGGCCGAAUCUUGAGGCUGCGGGUGGGCCCCUGACGUGGCCGAUACCCCACGGUAGGGCUGCUUGAGGUGGGGGUGACAAAUGGCUGCACCAACGGGUCUGUUUGGGAGCCGGCAAUGGGGGAGGCCGGAUUCAAGAUGGCUGCUGGCACGGGGCCCUAGGCCUGGGGGGGAUGGUACCUCGGGGAAGGACGGGCUGUUGGUAGUGAGACAAGGUGGAUGCCGGAGAAGCCAGCCUUGCCCAACAGCACCCAGAUGGCUGCUAGGGUAGUGGGUUCAAGAUGGCCACUUUGCUGGCAGCACAAAGUACACCCCAGCGAAUUGCACAAUUAUGCACACGUGUAAUAGUGUGCAUAUAACAUACGACCACGCAUAAUCACAUUAUAUUGCAUAAUUUAAUCUGGGCAGGCUCUGUGCCUCCGGGGCUCCUGGCACCACGAGCGGUGCUGUGCAACUGGACAGCGGGGAGGGGAGCUCCUGCCUGCCGCGGGGCAUUGCACCCCCCUGCUGUUGGCAGCAGCGGCAGGUCCAAGAUGGCCCCCUCUCCCCCUGCCCUGCUAAGCCAGCCUCGUGAGGGCCUGCCUUACAUGGCUGCCCUGGGGGGGGCCUGGCCCAAGAUGAACACCCUUGCCCCCCCAACUGGGAGAUCCCUCCCCAAGGUGACUGCUUCUUCUGGGAGGGAGACCCCGAGAUGGCUGCCCCCCAAAGGGCCUGCCCCAGGUGGCCGCCCAUCGCUAUCUCGGCUGCAGGAGGCGUCGGCCAAGAGCGAGCGCAUCGCACGGCUGGAGCGGGAGAAGGCAGUGCUGGUCCAGCUGCUCCGGGAGACCCGGGGCAGCUGCAGCACAGCCCACAGGGCGCCCACGUUCCUCUGAGGUCACUUCCUGCUUGAUGACAUCGUGCCUGCUGAAACGGAACCCCAGCGUGGCAGCCUGUGUUGCUUAGCGAUGUCACUUCCUGCUGCUCCUCCUCAUCCUAAGGUUGCUGCCUCUGAAGUCACGUGCGCAGUGGUGUCUUCCCCCAAACUGAUGUGGUCUGCAGGAACCCAGGCAGCUGGGCCGCCCGCCUGUCCUGCCCACGCUGGAGUUCGUUGCCCUACUGGGUGCCCCAGGCUUUCCCUCGCCUGGAGAACCCAGGUGCAUGGGUCCCCUCACUUCCUCAUGGCCACAUUUCCUUCUGUCCUUCUCUCAUACAAACACACAACUCCAAACAUGUGGGUCACCCCCACCCCCAGGCAUCUGGGGCAUGUGUGUGCGUGUGCACGCACACACACCACCCAGGCAUCCAUGACAGACACAACCCAGGCACACGAGAUGCACACAUACCCCUUUGUGCCUCUCCCUUGAACACCCUCCUCCCCAGGCCCUGAGGACCCCGCUCCUCCCAGACCAGGUUCCCAGUGCGUGCCAACUGGGCCUCUGGGACACGCUUUCUAAGAUAAGAGGUAGCAUGGUAAGAGCCCGACCCUUCACUCCUGGUGGCUGCAGCUGGCCGAUCAUCUCGGCCACUUCCAUUCGUGCCUGGGAGACGGCAGCACUAUAAUCACAGAGUGCCUUCCUCCAAAACAGUGGUCACCAACCAGUUGAUCUCCAUCAACUGAUUGGUCAUGGAGCCUCUGAUAGUCAAUCUCAGGGUGAGGGGUGGGCACCAGAUCCUGCGGUGCCCUUUACAGACAAAAAGUGAUCUUCACCAUGAAAAGGUUGCAGACCACUGCUCCACAGGGUUUGUUUCAGACCCCCCUGGCUCUCCACCCUCCUUCCACCACUAUACAUAUAAGUAUCCAUUGAACUCUUUUUUCGUGAGAGUUGGCUUUACUGAAAACAAUCACGAGACUCCUGAUUUCCAGGUCAAAUUAACUCUGACUCAUGAUCUGAUAAAGAGAUCAAAUUUUGGGAUUUUUUCUUCUGGCAUGUGUAGAGAGUGCAAAGCUGGUAAGUCGGUGUAGGACAGGGGGUAGGGAGGUUGAUUGAGACCCCCAUGGUGAGGGAGGAAGUGGGGCAGGGGCUGUAGCGAAUGAAGCCUGGGGGCCAGGGCAAGUCAUGCAACAGCAGUGGGCAGCUGUCUGUGCGUGUCUGCCCCUCACUCCCAAGCCAUACCCCACCAGCCCUGCUGCUGCCCUCCACAGCACCCUGCAUCCUGCCAGGGUGUGGGGGGGACCCCCUCCUCGAGCUCCACACCCACAGCCCCAC